AUGGACCGCGAACGGAGAGCUGAAGUGGAGGCGGUUGAUGCGUCCUCCUUUGGCCGCGAUGGCCUGAAGAGCCUGAUCUCCUCGAAGAAGCAGGGCGGCUUCCUGGAAAAGAUCGUUUUGGAGGACGAACUGACGGAGCGACUGCAGUGGACAACCAACUCCCUGGUGAACGCGAAAAAGAACGGGACCCCAUACAGGCACCUCCUCCUGCACGGGCCUCCGGGAACAGGCAAGACGCUCUUCGCCCGGACCCUCGCCAGACAGUCCGGCCAGGAGCCCGUCAACAAGAGCAUCACAACAUCCCCCAAACAAAGCCUUGGCCUUCGGCUGCUUUCGGCUCUACCCCGAGGCCUGGACUAUGCGAUCAUGUCCGGCGGAGACGUCGGGCCGCUUGGAAAGGAUGCGGUGCGCCAGCCUAGGUCGGACACGCACGCCCCCUUCGUAAAGACAAAGCCGCGAUUGCUCAAGAGUGCCUCCGCACAGGAUGUAUCCCGAAAGCUCACACCUCGUGCGCUGCAACCAUGA